AUGGUUUUGGGAUCGAGUAGAAAUUGGUUUUUUAUGCAUCAAGUAUUAACCACAGCUCAUACUCAUUCAUAAAUUCUACCCAUUCUUCACUCUUGGACACGUUUUCUUAAUACUGAGACUCUUCCAUGUGUUUUCUCAAGAGAAUUUUCAAUAUCGUAUGGAUUGCUAGCUAUCAUUCAUAGUGGUGGCCUGGCAUCGGUGUGUAGAACCUAUAAAGAAGAAAUGAUUGUGUUGUGAGGCACUCUUGCACAUAUACAUCGCUCAGCUCGAGUGCAACCCCAUCCUGUUAUGUUAUGGAAGAGCUUAACUUAUUAA